CAGUGAGAGGUGGAGUGGUGAUCCGUGUCCAGCUGCAGUACCCUGGGAGUCAUGAGGACCAGAGGGCUCGGGAGACAGUCCUGAAGUUUGAUGGAGGGCCAUGCUCUUCAAACAGCAGGCACAGCUCAGACAGAAGCUCCUGGUUCUGGGCAGCCUUGCUAUUGGAAGUGUGCUAUAUCUGGUGGCCCGUGUGGGGACUUUGGAAAGGCUUCAGCCGGUCUGCCACGUGGAGCACAGCCCGAUCCCUGGGCCUGAGCAGAUCCCUCUGCGGAGCAUCCAAUUCAAACGCGCUCUGCUCCAUGAGCUGCGCCGAGGCAAUGGCACAAAGGAGCAGCUGGGGCUGCAGCGACUGGUGCAACAACUGCCUCAGGCCAUCAUCAUCGGGGUGCGGAAGGGCGGCACACGGGCGCUUCUGGAGAUGCUUAACCUGCACCCAACUGUGGUCAAAGCUUCACAGGAAAUACACUACUUUGACAAUGCCAAGAACUACGCUCGUGGCAUUGAGUGGUACAGAAGCAAAAUGCCCUUCUCUUUCCCCCAUCAGAUCACAAUCGAAAAGAGCCCUGCAUACUUCAUCACAGACGAGGUCCCUGAACGCAUCUUCAAGAUGAACUCCUCCAUCAAGCUGCUCAUUAUCGUAAGAGAACCCACCACCAGAGCUGUGUCAGACUAUACACAAGUGUUGGAGGGUAAAGAACGCAAAAACAAAACCUACCACAAGUUUGAGAAACUAGCCAUAGACUCCAGCACAUUUGAGGUGAACACAAAGUACAAAGCUGUUCGUACCAGCAUUUACACCAAACAUCUGGAGCGCUGGCUCAAGUACUUUCCUGUGGAACAGUUCCAUAUUGUGGACGGGGACCGCCUCAUCACAGACCCUCUGUCUGAGUUGAAACUGGUGGAGCAGUUCCUCCACCUCCCGCCAAGAAUCAGCCCCUUCAACCUCUACUUCAAUGCCACCAGGGGGUUUUACUGUUUGCGAUUCAACAUUGUCUUCAGCAAGUGCCUAGCAGGCAGCAAAGGACGCAUCCACCCUGAAGUAGACCCCUCUGUCCUGACCAAACUGCAGCGCUUCUUCCAUCCAUUUAACCAGAAGUUCUACCAGAUCACUGGACGGACCUUCACCUGGCCAUGAGCCUCACAACUUUGCUCCAAUGUGUCUAGGAUUUAUGCAUAGCUCUAAACAUGGCACUUCAUAUUU